AUGUUAUUGCUAUGGCUCUGUGCAAGGGCGGCGUCCUCUUUAUAUGCAAAGUACACUACCUCCGUCGAUUUAGCAUUAGCUGCCAGGAUUUUGAUUAUUCAUAUUGUGUGUGGAUUUAAGAAGAAUUAUCUUCAAGUUGGGCUCAAAGGUCAUCCUCCAGUUAUUGACGGUGAACUCUUCCAGCCUAUAAAGGUUGAUGAUAGCUUCUGGAGCUUAGAGGUGCAGAAAUUUGUCUCUAUCCUCCUUACCAAGCAGAACCAGAUAGAACGGUGGAAGUGUCUAUCCUAUCUGGCGUGGUACAUGGACCUCGUUCACAAAUCAUUCAGAGACGGAAACUGUAUGCUGAUCCAAUGUCAAGUUGAAAUUGCUGAUGAUAUGUCGUAUGGCAAAGCCAGAAGAUCUGAUCGUUGA